AUGGCGAAACUCAAUGGACCAUCCUACCCAGCCGUCCCUCCUCCCGCCCCACCUAGCAAUUUCAACCACACCUCCGCGGCUGCCUCGCGUCGCGAGCCUUACUACUCUGGAUCGAGUAUGACUCAAUUGGGCCGGACGGUUCCAGAACGACAUGGCAACGAGCGAGCCAUGUCUAUGACCACCUAUGCGACGGAACGAGAAAACCCUCACAUCUCUUCUAGUGGAAGAGCGAUCCCGUCUCGACGCCCACCAUCGGGUGGUCAUGAUCCAUUAUCUGCGGCGGCUCCGCCCCCAGUCCCGGUCCCGGUCCCACAGCGCUUCGACUCCAUGCCUGCCGAUGUAUCAACCGUCGCCGAUAGCUAUGCCAAGCCUCGUCCGCCCAGCGAUGCCUCAACUCGAUCUCGCACGAUGUCAAUGGCGUCGACGAUCAUGCCGGACCGCACAAUGAGCGUCCAGAGUGGAGCAACCCAGAGCUCGAAUGGCCAAACGACCCUUGUUUCAAGCAAUUCGCAUCGAAACAAGUUGCCUGUCGUUUAUCCUGCUCUGCUCUCGCGUGUCGCCGACGUGUUUCGGGAGAAGGCCCCAUUGGGUGAACGACAGAAAAACGGCCUUUCGUACCAGAAUGCUUUCUCCGGUACCGAUGCCGUUGAUCUGAUUUCUCUCAUCAUCAGAACCAAUGAUCGCAACCUUGCCCUGCUCCUCGGCCGCGCAUUGGAUGCACAGAAGUUUUUCCACGACGUUACUUAUGACCACCGCCUUCGAGAUGCCCCCGGAGAAGUCUAUCAAUUCAAAGAGACCAUAGGCGAGGACACUGUCAGCUCGGAAGUUAAUGGAGUGUUCACCUUGUUGACUGAAUGUUACUCUGCCACCUGCACACGCGACAGUCUAUGCUACUCCAUUGCUUGCCCCCGACGAUUGGAACAGCAAUCUAGACUGAACCUCAAGGUUCAGCCGGUUCUAGGAACGACUACCAAGGGCACCUUACCCAUUGAUGACGACGAUGACAAUGAUAACCAAAAGUUGUGGAUCAACAUGGUUCCGAAGGAAGUCUCCGACGCCAUCGAUGACAACGAGAAGAAGCGACAAGAGGUUAUUUUUGAGAUUAUGUACACCGAACGCGACUUCGUCAAGGACUUGGAAUACCUUCGAGAUUUCUGGAUGCGGCCCUUGCGUGCCGCGGGCCCCGGGACAACCUCACCCAUUCCAGAGCAUCGACGGGAGAAGUUCAUUCGAACUGUUUUCGGUAACUGCUUGGAGGUGCUCAAGGUCAACGGCGGCCUCGCUGAAGCUCUGAAUUCUCGCCAAAAGGAAAGCCAUGUCGUCAAGUCUGUUGGUGAUAUCUUCCUCCACCAUGUGCCCAAAUUCGACCCUUUCAUCAAGUAUGGUGCAAAUCAGCUCUACGGAAAAUACGAAUUCGAAAAGGAAAAGUCAUCGAACGUAGGCUUCUCCAAAUUCGUUGAUGACACGGAGCGUCUGAAGGAGUCCCGCAAAUUGGAACUGAACGGUUAUCUCACCAAGCCAACCACUCGAUUGGCUCGAUACCCCCUUCUUUUGGGAUCAGUCUUGAAGUAUACAGCCGACGAUAGUCCCGAUAAGGAGGACAUUCCGAAGGCCAUAACCUUGAUCAAGAGUUUCCUGUCCCGUGUUAACGCCGAGAGUGGAAAGGCCGAGAACCACUUCAACUUGGUGCAACUCAAUGGCUCGCUCAAAUUCAACCCAGGAGACUAUGUGGACCUGAAGCUUACUGAAGAGAACCGACAAAUGCUGACCAAGAUGGCAUUCAAGAAAACCACCGCUGAAAGCUCAGAGGUGACGGCAUAUCUCUUUGACCACGCAGUCCUUCUUGUUCGGAUAAAAAUGGUGAACAAGCGUGAAGAAUUCCGAGUGUAUAAGAAACCCAUACCGCUUGAGCUUCUGGUCAUCCCGCAGAUGGACGAAGUCAUCCCCAGGGUUGGAAUUUCAAAAAGACCUUCCUCCAGCCUCUUGUCUAACAAAACUUCCCCGCUGCCUCCCCCCGCCAAGGACGGCCAGCUGCCAAUCACCUUCCGUCACCUUGGCAAAGGUGGUUAUGAGCAGACCGUUUACGCCACCUCCCCAACUCAGAGGAGAAAGUUCAUUGAAAUGGUCGAGGAACAGCAAAGGAAGCUUUGGGAGCGGAACAGCAACUUCUACAACAAGACAAUUCUCAGCCAGAAUUUCUUCUCUGCUGUUAAUCGGGUGAAUUGCUGUGUUCCAGUUGAUGGUGGACGGAAGCUGGUUAUUGGUACCGACAGUGGCAUCUAUAUCUCUGAUCGCUGGCCUAAAGACAAGGCGGCCAAGCCGAAGAAGGUCUUGGAGGCUAGCCAGGUUACGCAAAUCGACACUCUGGAGGAAUAUCAAUUGCUGCUGGUUCUGGCAAACAAGACCCUCUCAUCCUAUCCCAUGGAUGCUCUUGAGCUAGGAGAGGACAACAAGAAUGCCCUUGCCAAGCGCCCGAAGAAGAUUCAAGGCCACGCCAAUUUCUUCAAGGCAGGUAUCGGUCUCGGACGUCAUCUUGUCUGCUCGGUGAAGACUUCAGCUUUGUCCAGUACUAUCAAGGUCUACGAGCCGAUGGACAACCUGGCCAAGGGCAAGAAGAAGUCUGCUGUCAGUAAGAUGUUCCAGAGUGGCCAGGAUACUCUCAAGCCAUUCAAGGAAUAUUAUAUCCCAGCCGAAUCUUCUUCGAUCCACUUCUUGCGAUCUACCUUGUGUGUUGGUUGUGCUCGUGGUUUCGAGGUCGUCAGUCUUGAAACCACCGACACCCAGUCUCUCCUGGAUCAGGCCGAUACAUCUCUUGAUUUCGUUGCACGCAAGGAGAACGUCAAGCCCAUCCAUAUCGAGCGUAUGAACGGAGAGUUCCUCCUCAACUACAGCGACUUCUCCUUCUUCGUCAACCGCAAUGGAUGGCGCGCUCGUCCAGACUGGAGAAUUUCGUGGGAGGGUAACCCGACGGCAUUUGCGCUUUCAUACCCGUAUAUUUUGGCAUUCGAGCCCAACUUCGUUGAGAUCCGCAAUGUGGAAACGAGCGAACUGAUUCAUAUUAUGACGGGAAGGAACAUUCGCAUGCUACACUCUUCCACUCGCGAGAUCAUCUAUGCCUAUGAAGACGAAUCAGGCGAGGACAUAGUUGCUAGCUUGGACUUCUGGAGCAAACCCCAGAACCAAAUCUAA